ACAUGAAGUAUCAGAAACAUGCUCGGUGACGUCACUUUCAACAUGGCGACCAUCAUGGCUGUGACAUAAACGCAGCAAGAGGUCAACAUUUCUCCCACGAUCUCCACGCAAAGAGAUAAUUAAAUAUUUACAUUUACGGCUUUAUCAGCAGAUUACUCAGUAUGGCUUUUCUUGGGAAUCUGAGACCGAUGCUGUCCUCAGUCGUGCAAGCAUCCCAGUGUGCGUUCCCCUGGUCUAGACCUCUCUUAACCAGGACCAUGGCUACACUCAAUCAGAUGCAUCGCCAGGGCAAACCAUCCCCACCACCCAAAAAGCUUGGUGCCACAUUCGGUCGACCGCAACUGAAGGCCGUAGUUUUGAAGACUAUGAUCAGGAAACCCAAAAAGCCCAACUCCGCCAACCGCAAGUGUGCACGGGUUCGUCUCUCCAACGGUAAGGAGGCGGUGGUGUUUAUCCCAGGUGAAGGACACAAUCUCCAGGAGCACAAUGUUGUGUUGGUGCAAGGAGGCAGGACACAGGAUCUGCCAGGUGUCAAGCUCACAGUAGUCAGGGGCAAAUAUGACUGUGCCCAUGUCGUGAAGAAGAAACAGUGACCCCUGCAACCAGAUUCAGACUGUUCACUCUCUCCUCAGAACUGUUUGUUAUUGUAUUUAUUUACAGUAACAGAGUGUCUCUGUUCUAGUUUAUAAAUGUUCUCAGUGUCUCACAAUAAAGUAAAUCUGUUCAGACCCAAACAAUUUGUAGUGUCC